AUGGCGCCCGUGGCCGCCUUCACCAUGGCUGGCUUGUUGUUUUUCUACACGCGGUCGUCAAUUCGGGCAGCGAGGCGGAAUGCGAUACUAUAUACAGCUCCUGGUUUCCAUUUUUCAACCCGAACCAUCCAAGAGAGCAGAUCACAGCAGACGUCAUCCGGAUAA